AGAUUUAUUCAUGCUCCGUCCUUAUCCUUCUCUCAGUCGCUAAUUUUUAGAUAAACUGCCAUUAUACACACACAAUAACGAGAAACACCAAGGCGUCGUUUACCGACAACACUUGAAGGCAACAUCGUUUGUGAUUUGGGCAUGCGCAUUAGCGCAAUGAGGACAAACAACUGGAAGUGGCUGAAGAUCCAGAGGGCUUCACGUAGCGUUUCUUGAGCUUUAUUUUGGUGGUCAUCUUCAGUAAUACAUUUGUUUUCCGCUGGUCUAGCAUCAGUUAUGGCCCGUGGGCACCAGAAGUUCCAGUCCCAGCAGAAGAAUGCCAAAAAGCAGGCAGAGAUCAAGAAGAGCAAAGGCCAUGACCAGAAGACAGCAGCGAAGGCUGCUUUAGUAUACACGUGCACAGUGUGUCGGACACAAAUGCCUGACCCGAAGACCUUUAAGCAGCACUUUGAAAGCAAACAUCCAAAGUCCCCAAUGCCCCCGGAGUUGGUCAAUGUGGAGGUGUAACAGGUUCACUUCACAGGUUCUCUUUUUCAAUUGAUACAUGGGUGUUUUAUGCAGGGAUAGUACUUACCUGCAUGCCUAUUGUCAUUUUUCCAGAUCGGAAUUUUUUUCCCAAAUUUGAUUAAGGGUGAGCACUGAGGGUAGACACACAGCAGACAGCUACCCUCUUUUGGCUUGUGCCAAAAAAUUAUAUGUUCAUCUUUUAUAAUAUGCAAUAUUUCAAUGUCACCAUUUUAAAAUUUUAUGUUUUCAAUACCAGCUUGUCCAUGGGCUCUAUCACUAGUAUGCCAUCUCAGGGUUCCCAGUGUCUCAGGACAAGCUUUAAAUUUAGAAGAAAUGAUGAAUUGGCACCAGCUCAGCUGAACAAAGUUGUAAUACUGAGAUGAGAAUUGGAAGUCAUCUGCAAUCAGAUCCAAUAUACUGUGAAACCAAUGAUGGAUUUCUGACUGAAACAAAUUUGUCACAGACCAUUUUGGGGUCAUAAUUCUGUUUUAUUCAGAAAGCCUUUUGGAGUUCAUAGCAUGUUUGGAAAGACAGUAAAUAAAAAAAAGAAUAAUAUGUUCUUUUUACUUGAUUCAGAUUUACUUCCAAUAUGCACUGAUUUAGUUUUUCCUUACUUUGAUAAUUUUAAAAAAAUCAAGACAGUAUGAGUUUUUGUUGAUAUGAAGAAUAUAUGAAACCCAUUGUGCUACACGGGUACUGACAUUGUGAAUUCCAUUUCCCCUCAGAUUUUUGUGAAAUCUACUGUAUGUGUCCAUUCUAUAACUUCCUCAUAUGCAGCAGAGUUCUAGAAGUUAACCAGAGAGGGCAUUGUUAGUGUAUUCCUAGCAGCCAUGACACAAUUUCUUUAAACUCUUCUUUUUAAUGUGAUGACUGCAUAAUACACAUGAUUAUCUUUGUUCCUACUAGAAGUGAUCUGUUGAGUGAAUUAGGGUGAAGAUAAAGGUUUGCACUGGGUGUUGUAAAUGAUAACACUAGUGAGCUGCUCCUGUACCCCUAGUUUGUCAUUGUAAUAAGUAUGUGGCACAAUUGUGUGCAACACUGUAGUAUUUGAUCAUGAUUUUGUUCAUCACUGUUGUAUUUCACAGUCUAACCUGUCUCAGUAAUCUCAGUGGCGUAUGUGCAGUCUCAUGUUCUUUAGUGUUAUCCUGUCAUUAUGGUACAAAAGUCAGACUCUGAAUCUACAUUCUGAACUGCAUUUCACUGUAACUUCGCUUUGGCUCUCAUUUUUAUAUUAGUUUCUUUUCAUAGCAUGCUAACAGAGAUUUAAUUUAUAGAAAUAAACUAUUUUCAAUACAUUUAGACCUACUGGUCAUUAACCACUGACUUUAACCACUUGCAUCACUGUGCACAGACAACCAGCCAUGUUUUUACUUUUGUAAUAAUCAUAUCUUUGUUCACGUACUGAAAUGUAUAGCCUUUCAAUAAAGGUGUUACUUUUAUAUCAAC